CUGUGUUCUGGCUGGAGUUAUCCCAAAAGAAGGGAGGAUCAGACUGAAGUCAUCCACAGAUCUCAUCUGUACAGUGUAAUAACGGUGCAGACCCAGGCUACAGGCAGACACCAUGAGGGAGAUCGUGCACAUCCAGGCUGGCCAAUGUGGAAACCAGAUCGGAACCAAGUUUUGGGAAGUGAUCAGUGACGAACAUGGCAUCGAUCCAGCAGGAGGCUACGUCGGUGAUUCAGCUCUGCAGCUUGAAAGGAUCAAUGUGUACUACAAUGAAUCAUCCUCUCAGAAAUAUGUACCAAGAGCCGUGCUUGUUGACCUUGAACCUGGGACCAUGGACAGUGUACGGUCUGGCCCAUUUGGACAGCUUUUCAGACCAGAUAAUUUCGUUUUUGGUCAGACUGGCGCAGGAAAUAACUGGGCCAAGGGACAUUAUACAGAAGGUGCAGAGCUGGUCGAUUCGGUUCUGGAUAUAGUCAGAAAGGAAUGUGAACAUUGUGACUGUCUGCAAGGCUUCCAGCUCACUCACUCGCUUGGAGGAGGAACAGGUUCUGGAAUGGGGACACUUCUUAUAAGCAAGAUCAGAGAAGAAUAUCCAGAUAGAAUAAUGAACACCUUCAGUGUAAUGCCUUCACCUAAAGUCUCUGACACAGUUGUAGAGCCGUACAAUGCCACCUUGUCUGUACACCAGCUGGUUGAAAAUACUGAUGAGACCUACUGCAUCGAUAAUGAAGCUUUGUAUGACAUUUGCUUCCGCACCCUGAAACUCACCACGCCUACCUACGGAGAUCUCAAUCACCUGGUGUCUGCCACAAUGAGUGGAGUAACCACCUCUCUGCGUUUUCCAGGCCAGCUCAAUGCAGAUCUUCGAAAGCUAGCUGUAAACAUGGUUCCCUUCCCACGUCUACAUUUCUUCAUGCCUGGCUUUGCACCGCUAACUGCCAGAGGAAGCCAGCAAUAUCGUGCGCUCACCGUACCUGAACUUACCCAACAGAUGUUUGACGCCAAGAACAUGAUGGCAGCAUGCGACCCGCGGCACGGACGCUAUCUAACAGUGGCCACGGUCUUCAGAGGGCCGAUGUCCAUGAAGGAAGUUGACGAGCAGAUGCUGGCAGUCCAAAACAAAAACAGCAGUUACUUUGUAGAAUGGAUCCCUAAUAAUGUGAAGGUGGCAGUGUGUGACAUCCCACCAAGGGGUCUGAAAAUGGCCUCCACGUUUAUCGGGAACAGCACAGCUAUUCAAGAGUUAUUUAAGAGGAUCUCAGAACAGUUUUCUGCAAUGUUCAGAAGAAAGGCUUUCUUGCACUGGUUUACCGGGGAAGGAAUGGAUGAGAUGGAAUUCACAGAGGCGGAGAGCAACAUGAAUGACCUGGUGUCAGAAUACCAACAGUAUCAAGAAGCUACAUCCAACGAAGGGGAGGAAACUUUUGAAGAGGAUGAAGAAAUCAUUCAUGAGUGAAAGAGGGUAUCAUAAAAGUCCCAUUAGGUGGAACAAAGAUCU